AUGACAGUAUACAUGACCUUACAUUGUUCAACAAAAAUAAGGAACAUGAAAAUCCCAUACACUGUAUGGCACUCCAAAUCUAAAAAGACAUUGGUGCGCAUCUCUGAAAUAUUGAAGGGAAAGACUUUUGAGGAUUGGACACCAACCGACAAAAAGAACAUUGAAAGGUUAUGUGAAGAUGUGAGUGUAAGAACACAUUGUUAUUUUACAAUUAAAACGGAAGCAACGAGUUCAACUCAGAUUGAUAUGGACGAAUUGAACAUUACUGAAACCCCAAUUGCUGAAGGAGCGAUGGGUAAAGUAUUUAUAGGCAAUUAUAGGAGUGUUCCAGUCGCUGUCAAACAAUUUAAGUGGGACAAUUUGGAUGAAGAUGAAAUGACGGAAUUGAAAAAGAGUGUAGUAGCAGAAUGUGAAAUCAUGAGUAAAUUGCGAAAUCCAUUCAUUGCCAAUUACAUGGGGUCCGUCACUUACUUAAAACAAGUUUCAAUGGUCAUCCAAUUCUUUGUAUUGGGAUCAUUGGGAGAGUACUUGAGAAAGGAGAAAGAGGAUUUUGUCAUUCUUCCUUACAAAUUGAAAGUACGAAUGUUGUUUGACACUGCAAGAGGAAUGCAAUUUUUACAUGAAAACAAGAUUAUGCACUUGGACUUGAAACCGGAGAAUCUAUUGGUCAAUUCACUCGACUCAAAUUCCGUCUGUUCCAUUAAAAUCACUGACUUUGGAACUUCAAGAUUCACCAAAAAGUCACUCAAAAAAGGAGAAGAAAAGGGUCUGGGCACUCCUAUUUAUGCAUCACCGGAAUCAUUCAGGGAUGAAUAUACGUAUGCUGGAGAUGUCUAUUCAUAUGGAAUAACAGCAUGGGAAAUAUUUUAUCAACAAGAACCAUACAAAGAGUUUAAAUCGAUUUUUGAAAUCAAAAAUUACGUUGAAAAUGGGAAAAGACUUGAAAUUGGAAAUGAGAUGCCAAGACUUUACAGGGAUCUUGUCGAAGAAUGUUGGAGACAAAACCCAAGAGAAAGACCUUCUUUCGAUCUCAUCGCAAAGAAUAUAGUCGGCGUCGACGAAGAUGUGAUUAACCACAAUUCGUUGGACUUGGAAUACUCGUUCGAUAAAUUGGAAAAUAUCACUCAAAAGAGAAUGCAAAGAAUGCAACAAACUCUCAAAGAUGUUUAUGCAGAAUAA